UGGGCCUGUUGAAGAUGGCCGCUUCCAUUUGGUGGCGGCGACUCGAAUCCGCGGGGCGAUGGCGGCGGCUCAGCCACAGCCACAGGAGAAGGAGCGGCGGCGGCGGCAGCAGUAGCAGCAGCUCGGCUGGGAUAGCGCCGGCUUUGGAGGGCAGCGAGGAGUCAGAUUUGACUGAGAAAACUACUGCAAAGACGUUCUCUGCAUUGCAAGCAGAAAGGCACGAACAAGCAGAACGGACCAUUUUGAUCAGCUGUCCUUCUAAUAUCAAUGAAAAGAAAUUCUACAAAUACUUAUCAAGCUAUGGAAUGAUCAGUAAAUAUUUCUUCUAUGAAACUUUUGGUGUUUAUGCAGUGGUGGAGUUUUCUAAUAAGGAAAGUAUAGGAGCACUCGAAGGUUUUUCCAGUAUCCCGAGGCUCCAGCAUGAAUGUGCUGUUCCAUUCAAAUCCAGGUUUUUCAACUUAAGAAAUAAUCAUCCAAGGGAGCUUUCUGCUGCACAGCCUUCUGUACCAUGCCUUAAACAAUCUGUUAUCCCUGUUAAUGAACUUCUACGGAAGUUGUCUGGAGCUGAGAGUAUAGAUGAACAAUUAUACACAGCCUGCAAAGAGUACCAGAUUACGGAAGAGAAUACCCGUCUUCGUUUUCUUGUGUGCUCCCUAGUGAAGGACAUUGCAGCUGCUUACUUUCCGGAAUGUUCAAUUAAACCAUUUGGAUCAUCCGUAAAUAAUUUUGGGAAGAUGGGCUGUGACCUAGACAUGUUUCUGGAUCUGGACAGUAUUAGUGGAAGAGAUAAUGCUCAGACAGGAGGUGCCUUCUCCAUGGAAUAUCAAACAAAAAGAGUGGCAUCAGAGCGGGUGGCAACACAAAGCACCCUUUCAGUGAUAGGAGAAUGCAUUGAUCAGUUUGCCCCAGGGUGUACUGGAAUACAGAAGAUACUCAAUGCACGUUGCCCAUUGGUGCGGUUUUCCCAUCAACCUUCAGGAUUUCAGUGUGACCUCACUGCCAAUAAUAGAAUUGCUAUGCGAAGCACGGAACUCCUUUAUAUUUAUUCUAAUGUUGACCCUCGGGUACGGGCAUUGGUGUUUGGUGUUCGGUGCUGGGCCCGUGCUCAAGGGAUCACCAGCAACGUUCCUGGAUCCUGGAUCACUAACUUCUCAUUGACCAUGAUGGUUCUUUUCCUGCUGCAGAAGAGAAACCCGCCAAUCAUACCAACAUUAGACCAGCUCAGAGACUUAGCAGAAAUAGAAGAUGAAUAUUUUGUUGAAAGUCAUGACUGCACAUUUGUUUCCAAUAACAAAAUAAAGCCUUCCCAAAAUACAGAGACACUGGAGGAUCUUCUACAAGAAUUCUUUGAAUUUUAUGGCAAUUUUCCUUUCAAUCUAAUGUCCAUCAAUAUCAGAAAGGGGAAAGAACAACAUAAACCUGAAGCAUCUCCAGUUUACAUUCAGAACCCAUUUGAGCAGACUCUAAAUGUGAGCAAGAAUGUCAAUCAAACCCAACUGGAGAAGUUUGUAACCUCGGCAAGAGAGAGUGCAUGGAUAUUACAGCAGGAGGGGCUGAAACACCCAAUAUCCAAUACCAAACCCUGGGGACUAGCAGCAUUGCUUCUUCCUACCAUGCAAUCCCGUGGAGGAAAGAACAAAAAGAAGAGACAACCAGCUAGUGAGAGGAUUAAAAGUUUGUUAGAUUCACUAAAGAUAAACAAACAAACCUCUGGCUAUUUAAGCAGACCAAAUGGUGGUAGACGGUACAUUUGCACUAUUGCCUGGUAAUAAGCCCUCUAUAAUGUAAAAACAUCAUUCAACCACUGUUGAGCACUAAGACAGCAGAAAUAUCAAGGCUACAAAUCCAUUAAUUUUAAAAUUCUGCAAGAAUUAUUGAAUAAUACAGCAAUUGGCAGUAAGAGUUCAUUUAAGUUUUGAAACUUCUAGUCGGAAUCUGUUUUAAUGGAAACUUGUUCAUGACCUUGUUGGAGCUGUAGCUAAUGAUUCAAAGACAAAACUUUAAACAGUAUUGACUUGAAUCCAACAGGUGACCUAAGAGAUCAUUCCUACAUGCAUCUACUCAUCCAGAUGAAACUUAAUGGGUGUGUUUAGACUUCAUUUUUAGAAAGCUGCUGAAUCGAUGAAUGAAGAUUUAUAUUACCAACAGGUUCAUUUUAAAUAAACUACUGCAAGAUGAUCAGUAAAAGUUAUAAUCUUUUUUUAAACUUUUGGUUCCUUUGCAUUUGUUCAUUGUUAGAUCUGUGAAAAUGUAUUAUUUAUGCUUGGUAAAAUUGUCUCACUCAAACUAAAAUUAGUAAUCCGCUGGUGUAUAUAAUUGGGGUUUUACAAAUGUCUGAUUUCCUUUGCUCAAUGGAAUCCAUUUCAAUCUGCUUUAGAAGCAAGGAGCUGUGGCAGCAGUAGAACCAAUUCAUGCAGCUUUGUAUGAAUUGCUCAAUUCAGACAUAGUUCAAUAAAAAUAUUCUAUAGUGAAAUAAAUCAUUGAUUUUGCUAAGGUAUCCUGAUGAAGAUUGAAUCGAGUAUUGGACAACUUCUACGCAUACAGAAAAAGCGGCCUUGUAGAAAACAAAGACUGUGAUCAUGGACUGGACAAUAUGGCUCAUUUCAAGGCUGUUAAUUACUUAAUAAAGCAACACAUUAAC